CCCAGGUAAUGUUUGUCUCUGUAUUUUAGAGGUGAUUUUAAGCAACCAUUCCACCAACAUUUUUCAGUGUGCUACAAAUACGAAAGGGCUACCAGCAAAACGCAGAAAUUGGCUAAGAGAAAUAAAGACUUUUUCCACAGCCAUGUUUUCACUAGUUUUCUUCUCAGCAUUUAUCACCUGCACCUUGUGUGUUCCACGUCAGUAUAUCUUUGUGAAUGAGAACAAGACAUGGACAGAAGCUCAGAGCUACUGUAGAGAUAAAUACACUGAUCUGGUCACCGUUGAAAAUGAACAAGAGACGGUGCAGUUACUCAACACAGUGAAUGACUAUAACUCCAUUGAUCUGGCCUGGAUUGGACUCUAUGAUGAUCUGAACAGUUGGAAAUGGACUCUGGAGGACAGUGAUUUCUUUAAAGAAGGAGAAAAACACUUCCGAAAGUGGUAUAGCCCUGGACCAGUAAGAUAUGGGGAAAAUAUUUGUGUUUCCAUGUAUAAUGCAUGGUAUGAAAAGGAUUGUAACCUUUUAUUGACAAGUGUCUGCUAUGAUGGAAGAGAAAAUGCAAGUGCUGGGUAUGUGUUCAUAUCCUUGUACCAAACUUGGAAACAGGCUCAGAGUUAUUGCAGAGAGCAUCACACCGAUCUUGUCAGUAUCAGGAAUGAACAUGAAAACCAGAAGAUCCAACAUGUAUUUUCAGAUUUCAAUAAUUUUGAGACUUGGAUUGGUCUAUAUGGAACCAGAUCAUGGUCAGAUCGCAGCAACUCAACAUUUACUUUUUGGAUAACAGGAGAGCCAGAUAAUGCUGGAUACUGCACUGCUGUAUCAUUCAGUGACUCUGGGAAAUGGAAAGAUGAAAACUGCAAUUAUGAAAUUCCGUUUGUUUGCUAUAGUGAACUUGCCACAUCCCGUCAGUAUCACUUUAUAUCAGUGAAUAAGAGCUGGUCUGAAGCUCAGACAUACUGCAGACAGAAUUACAUUGAUCUGGCCACCAUUGAUAACAUGACAGAGAUGAACAGUGUGAUGAACACAGUUAAUGGGAGUUAUAAUGGAUCAGCCUGGAUUGGACAGUAUGAUGAUGUCAACAGCUGGAGAUGGUCACUGGAUGAUGAUGAUUUCUAUCAGGAAGGAGAGAGAGAAUUCAGAAACUGGUUUCAUGAACCAGACAACUCCGGUGGAAAUGAGCUGUGUGUUUAUAUAAACGAAGAUGGCAAAUGGUUUGAUGUAUCAUGUGACAACACUCUAUCAUUUGUUUGCUAUGAAAAUAGCACACACAGUUACAUCAAAAUCUCUGAUGGAAGAAACUGGACAGAGGCUCGAAGAUACUGUAGAGAACAUCACACAGAUCUUGUCAACGUGAGAAAUGAGACAGAGAAUCAGAAGAUCGUGGAGAGUACAGGUGGUGGAGUCUGGAUCGGUCUGUACAGGAACAGGAUUUGGUCAGACAAUCAGUUUCCAGCUAUCUAAAUUGGAGACCGGAAAUUCAAAAUUCAGCCAAGCAACCAGACAAUGGUGCUAAUAUUGAUUCAAAGCCAGGUAACCAGCGCUGCACUGCUGUAUCAUUCAGAUAUUCAGGCAGAUGGACAGAUGUGAACUGCUUUUCCAAC